AUGUCCUUGUUGCGUGCUUCGCACGAUUAUCAGAAUACUAUGGCUAAACCGUGUUACAAACUGAGAACGUCCCUUUUUGGGCAUACGUCUGAUGUAAGAGCUGUGGCAACAUUCGCCGAUGGAACUAUCGUAUCAACCUCCCGGGAUGAAACUGCCCGUGUAUGGAAACCGUCUGGAAGUGGCAAGGAUUACGAGCAUACCACCACACUGAAGGGACACUCUAAUUUUGUUACCUCUGUAUGCGUUAUAAAUCCAUCAGAACGUAAUCCUACAGGUUUUGUUAUAACCGGCAGCCACGACAAAACCAUACAUAUUUAUGUACCGGAUCAAACGGAACCUAUAAACGUUAUAAAAAGUCAUCAAGAUACAGUAUGUAAGCUAAGUACAGGUAAAAAGGAAGGUAUAUUCCUUUCCAGCUCUUGGGACAUGAGCGCCAAAGUAUGGAAUCUUAGCGAUUUAAGCAAACCGCAGUUGAAUCUGUUAGGUCAUACAGCAGCUGUAUGGUGCGUCAUAGAUUUAUCAAGCGGCUUGUACGUGACUGGAUCAGCAGAUAAGUUAGUCAUAAUAUGGACAAGCGAUGGUUCCGUACAACAUAAAUUAACUGGUCACACUGAUUGUGUUCGUGAUAUAUCUGCAAUAAAUAACAAUGAAUUUUUAACUUGUGCCAAUGAUGCCACUGUACGUCAUUGGAACGCAUCCCUUGGAACUUGUUUAGGAACGUACUGCGGACAUGAGAACUAUAUCUAUAGUAUCGUAGCCUUGGAAAAUGGUACAAAUAUAUUUACAUGCGGCGAAGAUCGAACGCUUAGGAUAUGGAAUAACACCGAAUUAAAUCAAACUAUUACCUUGCCAACUCAGUCUGUAUGGUGCAUCGCUUUACUUCCUGAUGGUGACGUUAUUGCUGGAAGUUCCGACUGUGUUGUCAGGAUAUUCACUUGCAAUCCAGAACAUUAUGCGGAUGCGGAAACGUUAAAAGAAUUCGAGCAGGAGGUAGCCAGCAAUAAACUCAAUGCUCAACUAGAGUUAGGUGGGAUCAAAGUCAAGGAUUUACCAGAUGCAAAAGCAUUGUUACAACCCGGUCAAAGAGAUGGUCAAACGAAAAUUGUUAAUGACGGAGAUGCGAUAAGAGCGUACAGUUGGUCACAAAAUGAACAAAGGUGGAUAAAAAUCGGAGAUGUGAUGGGCGCAAGUGGUGGCAGUGCGGCUACAUCUGGGAAACAGCUAUAUAACGGAAAGGAAUAUGAUUAUGUAUUUUCAGUUGACAUACAAGAUGGUGUUCCUCCGUUAAAAUUACCUUACAAUAACGAUCAAGAUCCAUGGCACGUUGCACAGAAAUUCCUUCUUGACAAUGGUCUUAGCCAAUUGCUGUUAGAUCAGGUUGCAAAUUUUAUAAUAAAAAAUUCUCGACCUGCACCAGUUGUGAAAGCUGAUGCUCAAUAUGCUGAUCCUUUCACAGGAGGCAGUAGAUACAUUCCUCAAGCAACGACAGACACAGUACCGCAGGAAUGUGCGAAACCAGCAACAAUAAACUCCUCUGAUACGUCAUUAACUCCUUCUUAUAUCCCUCACAUUAAAUACCUGAAAUUAGAACAGGCUAAUCUUCCUGCAAUUUUGGAAAAACUACGUGAAUUAAAUUCCAAACAAAGUGACCCUCUUAAGGUGUCGAAUGAGCAGCUGGAAUGUUUGGUAAAACUUGCAGGAAACAAAGCAUCCGAACAAUUAAGAGGCGAUGCUCUGAACACGUUAAUGGUCCUUUUAAAUUGGUCUGAUGACGUAUUGUUUCCUGUUCUCGACAUAACGAGACUGGUAGUACUGUGUAAAGAUAUUAACGAUGUCCUGUGUACAGAUGAAUUGUUGCAAAUCGUUAAGAAUCAUAUUAGAAACGAUGCACUUCCUUCUAACCAGAUGCUCGUGUUUCGUUUAUUAGCAAACAUGUUUGCUUAUGAAAAAGGUGAAAAACUGUGCAUUAAUUAUAAAGAUGAAAUAUUAAGAUCUAUACUGGAUCUACAGUCUCUUGGGAGUAAAAACAAUCAGGUUGCAAUUUCAACUUUUAUAUUAAACUUAACCGUGGCUUUGAACAAGUACAGUGAUACCGUUGGUAAAACUCAAUGUUUAAACGUAAUAUUUUCGGUUUUACCUCGUUUAAACGAAUCCGAGGCGGUGUUUAGAACUCUGGUAGCAUUAGGAACACUUUUAUGUACGACAACAGAUCAAAAAGACCGUGAUCAUUUAAUCAAAGCGGUCCGACAAUCCGAAGCUGCGUUAAAUAUACUUAAAACAAUGUCAGAAACAAAAAUCUCGACAAAUACAUCGAACAAGCUGGCGAAUUGUUCAAAACAGAUUAUCAGCUUAAUUAUUUAAACAUUGCAAGAUAUUAUAGAAAAUUAUAAAAAAGAACAAAAAAAAAAAAAAAAAAAAAAAAAAAU